CUGUAUGUGCCUAGUAAACGACGAGGAAGUACUGAGCCUCACUACGACCGAGGACCAUGGAGUUGAAGACAACUCACCUACACAGUGGUUACUGGUUACAGGUGCCCGCUGCUUCACCAUUUUACCAGCGAAACAGUAUGACAAGGGCGCGCCGAGACCUGGCGGGAAUUACCGGAAUGUCUGAGGGACAUUGUUUCGUCAUGUGCAUAAACCUCGGUAUUGUCUAUUAGCAGAGACCGGAGUGGUUUCGAGAGGAGGAGGGGUAGGGCAGACAGGUAGGAGUCUAUUGCUUCAGUAGUUGUUUCGUUUUCACUUCUUGUUAACGUUACCAGGUAAAUAACCAACCACCAUGGAUAACCACAAGGAGAAUAAGAUAAGGAAACAGUCCAUGAAAACCAAAUCUACAAAACGCAAAGAGAAGAAAUACAAAGCCGGGAAGCUUUUCCGAAGGAAAUCGUUGAAGUCCGUUGGGAAUUUUAUGAGCAGGAUACUGAAAACUUUGGGAACUUUGGCACACUUCGGCGACGUCGAGCCACCUGACGGUGAGGAUGAUGAUGGCGGGUUCAGAGACAGCGCCGCGUGCACUUUGAGUGCCAACUCAGGGAAUUUGAAUAAAGAAGAACUUCAGGUCUCGAGGGAGAUUAAGGUGAAGAAGAGCGCCUCAACUUUGUCUUCUCAUGGAUCUAUAAAAGACAGGCUGUCGUGGUGCUAUGGCGACAAAACUCCCGGAGUCCUUGGGCUGAAGAAUCAUGGAAACACUUGUUUCAUGAAUGCGGUGGUUCAGUGCCUCAGUAAUACGGACCUGCUGGCCGAGUACCUUGGUUUGGAACAAUAUAAAUCUGAUUUGUGUCAGGGGAGAGUAAACGGAAUUGUAAAAAACGAGGACGCGCAACUUGCCAGGGGUGAGGUGACCACACAGUUGGCAUCCUUGGUGCGGGCGCUUUGGACCCUUGAGUAUACCCCUCAACUGUCCGUGGAAUUCAAGAGUAUUGUGUCCAAGUACGGCUCUCAGUUCAGGGGGAACUCUCAGCAUGAUGCCCUGGAGUUCCUGCUCUGGCUCCUGGACCGCGUCCAUGAGGAUGCCAACCCCACCACCAACAACAACCACAGCAGCAGCAAGACCAAAGCCAACGGAAAGGGCCCGCUGGGUGGAGGGGAGGAGAGCCCUGUCUCCGGUCCAGCAGCAGCACAACAGCCUGGGACGCGGCACAGCUUCGUCCAGGACCACUUUCAGGCACAGUACAGGUCCUCCCUGACAUGUCCACAUUGCCUUAAACAGAGCAACACCUUUGACCCCUUCCUCUGCAUCUCACUGCCCAUUCCCCUGCGGCAAACCAGGUGUAUGCGUGUGACCCUGGUGUUCGGUACUAAGGGUCAGAGGUAUCUACGUGUCGGUCUGGCUGUGCCUCUCAUCGGCUCCAUCUCCUGCCUGCGUGCCAUGGUUGCUGAGGAGGGCAAGACCACGCCAGACCAGGUGGUCCUGUCCGAGCUCUACGCCACUGGCUUCCAGCGUUCGUUCUCUGACGACGACGAUAUGAACAGCGUUGCCGAGAGCGAUGUGGUCUAUGCCUUCCAGGCUCCGCCCCUCCAUACACGGGGAGGCUCCACAAGAAUCUCGGGCUUCCACCACAGCCUCCCAUCCUCGCCGUACACCUCUGGGCCAGAGGGUAAAAGGAUACCCCCAUCGACCACUCUGUCCUCAGAGUUUCUGAACCACGGUGGUUCCACCAAGGUCCUCCUCGUAAUCUGCAACACGGCAGGCUCUGGCCAGCAGGCCGUCAGGUUCGGCCCUCCCUUCCUCAUGAGAGAGGAGCGUACCAUGUCCUGGGACCAGCUCCAGCAGAGUAUCCUCAGCAAGCUCUAUUACCUGAUGCUGAACGGAUCACAGGCUCAGAAUGCAGGGUCGCUGUUCAAGGUCAGAGUGGUGGGAGGAUCUGCCUCCUACAGCUACCUGUCCCCACAAGAUGGACGCCCUCUCUUCCACCCUGCCGUGGACAGAGCCCUGAAGUUAUGUGGCCCGGGAGGACCUCCCCACGUGAAGCUGGUGAUUGAGUGGGAACACAAGAUCAAAGAAUGUCUGUUUGGUAACAUCCAGGAGGAGGUGGUGAAGGACUCAGAGAGUGUGAGAGUCCAGCAGCAGCAGCACCUGCAGCAGCACAGCUGUACCCUGGACGAGUGCUUUCAGCUCUACACCAAAGAGGAACAGCUGGCCCCAGACGACGCAUGGAAGUGUCCCCACUGUAAGCAGCUCCAGCAGGGCAUGGUGAAGAUGUCCCUGUGGACCCUCCCCGACAUCCUCAUCCUCCACCUCAAACGCUUCCGACAGGUGGGCGAGCGGCGCAACAAGCUGUCCACCCAGGUGCGCUUCCCCCUGGCCGGGUUGGACAUGGCCCCCCACGUGGUGAAGAGGUCCCAGAGCAUGAGGAACCUGGGGGACCUGGGACCCUGGCCCCCCACAUGGAAACAGCCUGAAGGCAGCAGUCAUCAUAUUAGUCACCCAGACAUGGCCCUGCCUCCUGACUUCCUGUAUGACCUCUAUGCAGUGUGUAACCACCAUGGUGGGAUGCACGGCGGACAUUACACAGCGUACUGCAGGAACUCAGUGGACGGCCAGUGGUACAGCUAUGACGACAGCAGUGUGGACCUGGUGCCUGAGGAGGAGGUGUGUACCAGGGGGGCCUACAUACUGUUCUACCAGAGGCGUAACGUCAUCCCCCCCUGGUCCGCCAGCAGCUCAAUCAGAGGCUCCACCAGUUCCUCCAUGUCGGACCACUGGCUGGUCCGUCUGAAUGGGGACAGUAAGAGGGGUAGUCUGGUGUCCCGCUCCUCCACCACCUGCCCCUCCUCUGUCCCCGACUCCCCAGAGUCCCCCGUCUUCCUUGAUGACCCGCCCAGAGAGGAGGAAGGUGAGGGGCCUGGGAAACAUGAGAUGCAUGGUAAACCAAAGAAAGGUGGUUUUGAGACCAGGCCGUUUGUACGGGGAAUCCAGGGUCGUAGCGUCAGCAUGAGGACCCCCACUAAGAACAAAGAGACACUGAACAAGGUCCUCCCCCUACGCUGGUCGUUCGGCUCCAAGGACCGCCGAAAAACUGCAGCCGAGGCCGCCCCUGCUCCCAUCCCCGCCCCUGUGGAACUGGUGGAGUACCUAGAGUCUGGAAGAAGACCUCGCUGCACCAAGGAGUCUAUUGUCAAUUUAAUGACGAGCUCUGAGAGCCGGAAGGGUCCUGCCAUCAGCUCCCCCAGUGUGGGAAGCAGCCUGAACUGCAUGGGACAACCAGAGUCUCCGCAGAUGCCAGAGGGCCAGAGAAGACCAGUCACAGACAAGACAGGGAGUCUGAGACGAAGUAGCAAAGGGUCCCAUCAGCAGCAGAGAGACCAGGGGGACCAGAGAGACCAGAGGGACGAGGGUAGGAUGGGCAGUAGUAGUAGUACUAACACUCUGACCAGGAGGAAUACCAAGAAGAGUAAGGAGAAGGACCAGGGAAAGCCCCAAGAGGCCCCAUCUAGGAGGGGGUCUAGUGCAGGCGUCCAGUCCAGCUCCAGCACCCACAGCCUCAAGGACAGAGACUGGGAAGGCACCCUGAGGAGAGGGGCCAAGGGCCUCCAGGGCCCACCACCACGGGAUCAUCUGAUACCACCCGAGGGAGAAAAGACCAGGAAAGGUGAGAAGGUAGAGGAGGACUCCAAGAGCCACGAGGGGCUGCUGUCUUUCUUCAAGAGCAACUUCAAGAAGAAGGACAAGGAGUUGUCAUCUUCUCGCAAGUCCGACUCUGGAAAAGUUGGCGACGUCAGCAGGUCCAGCACCUCUCGGCUGUCCCUGUCCAGUGGAGCCCCAGGAGGGGCCACGAAGAUGGGGGAGGGGAAAUCCAAUGGAGCCCCCCGCAACGGGGGUGCCAAUCGUCUCGGAGACGAGCUGCCCAACAGUAAAGCCAGACGCGCCGCUGCCGCCGAUAUCAAACGCUCUCAGAGCUCAUCCAACAUCCCCAGCAAGGAGGAGUCUAGCUUGCGAAGGACCGCCUCUUUACACCGUAAAGGGCUGUCCCAUGACGUGGCUCCGCCCCCUCGCAGCCUCUCAGCCGAGAAGCCCUCCUACGGUACCCUGCAGAAGACUCGCUAUAGUACCAACUCACUGGGACGCAAGAGGACGGUCCCCGAGUCCAGCUUUUAGCUGACACGCACACACCCCCUGACACACACACACCAGGGUCGUUUUCACUAGGCACCAAACAGAAGAAAAUGGACUGAAACAGGGAGGGACUAGCUUCAUUUGUCCAGUAAGAAAUGUUUGUUUUUGUUUUCCAUUGUAAAAUGUUUACUCGAUUUUGCUAUGGUGACUUUGUGCACUAAUCAAUCUGACCCUGAUCAAAGCAAUGGAGCUCAGCUGGAAGGAUACACCUGUAGGUACACACAGAAGCACAGGCAUGUGUAUAUAACACAAGGUGGCUCCCUCCGGUGUUGUGGAGGGGUAUAGCGUCAGUGAAAGAGCCAGUCACAGGGCCAAGGAGAACACUUAGGAAAGGUGACACAUGAAGUACGCCUGCUAACAUAAACAAAAUGUCAUAUCAGAAUGAAUAUUUUCUUAUUCCAGUUUUGUUUUUAUUUAUUUUUAUUUGUAAAAAAUGAUUGUGACUUAACAAGUGCCUCAGUAACUGAUAUGCAGAUUUAAACCAAUGUGUUUGUGGACACCUGGUCAUCACCGGAAGCACAUGUCGUAUUCACACUCACAUACACGCACACACACACACACACACACACACACAGGCAUGCACACGCACACAUUAUCUACACUCGUGUCUUAAAAUCAUCGUAAAUGAGUGGCAUUCAUCACUUUAUCUUCCUCAGUCGGUUUGUCCAAUAGUGGCACCUAAAGGAAUGUUAUGACAGUGUCAUGACAAUACGUUUUGUUGUUAUGUCUGUACGCUCUAGAUGAUUUGGACCAAAACAUGGAUUCAUUGGAAGUCUACAUCAGAGCUUUAAUAGGUGAUUUCCUCCUAGAUUGAACUAUGAAUGAUUUAACUGGUUGUAUGUGCUGCUUGCACUGCAAACUGGCUGCUAUAUAGAUUCGCACAUUGCAAAUGAAGGUUAUGAUAUUGCACUUUCUACAAUGCCAAUGGUACCGAACUCUCCCUUUCAUGCAGUAAGAAAGAUUCCCUCCCGACAAUAUAACUUGGCCUACGCAACACGUCCCCCUUUAUUCUUAAACUUGUGAAAAUAUGCAGUUUGACCACACAAUCCAUUAUUAUCAAUUUCAAGUACAUUUUUUUUAAAUUUGACAUUUUUAGUACUAAAGUCUGGUUUUAUGAUUCUAAUGAAAUGACUGUGUUUUAAAUGAAUAAAAAAUGACCUCAGA